UCUAAAUUAAAGAAAAUGGGAAGAAACUUUGGUCAUAUCUCAAGAUUAUUGCGGCAUGCAGAAAAGUCUUUUGGGGAGAUAUUUAGUGCACCAUACUGCACUCCAACAAAUCCAGUAAAAGCAGCUAUCAGUCAGAGGAUCGCAGUAAAAGAUGAGGCUGCUCCUGACGUACUAACUGAUACAUUUGGUCGGCAUCAUACAUACCUGAGAAUAUCAUUAAGUGAAAGAUGCAAUCUCAGAUGCCAAUAUUGUAUGCCAGAAGAAGGGGUAGACCUUACGCCAAAAGAAAAGUUACUGAGUACUGAGGAGAUAUUGCGGCUGUCUGAAAUGUUUGUACAAGAGGGUAUAACAAAAAUAAGGCUUACAGGAGGUGAACCAUUAGUCAGGAAGGAUUUAGCUCAUAUAAUAGAAGGAAUGAAUAGGUUACGUCCCUUUGGCUUACAAACUAUUGCCAUGACAACAAAUGGUGUAACACUUGCCAGAAAACUUCCACUGCUGAAAGAAGCAGGUUUAGAUUUGCUCAACAUUAGCCUUGACACUCUAAUUCCAGCCAAGUUUGAGUUUAUAACUCGACGGAAGGGUUGGGAUAGGGUCAUGAACAGUAUUGAUAAGGCAUUAGAUCUUGGAUAUGAUCCUGUAAAGGUACAAUGGGCCAUCAGAAAUUUUUUAAAAGACAUACAAGAAAGAUACCCCACUGUAUACAGGAUGAGUGAUCUACCUAAUGACACAUCUAAGGCCUACAAAGUUGAAGGGUUCAAAGGUCAGGUGGGUUUUAUUACCUCAAUGAGUGAACAUUUUUGUGGAUCUUGCAAUAGACUUCGUCUGACUGCAGAUGGAAAUCUGAAGGUAUGUUUAUUUGGUAAUUCCGAGGUGUCAUUAAGAGAUGCAUUAAGGGAAGAUAUAUCAGAGGAAGAACUGAUGCAGGUUGUUAGUGCAGCUGUGAAGAGGAAAAAGAAACAGCAUGCUGGUGUGCUUAACCUGUCUAAAAUGAAGAACAGACCUAUGAUAUUAAUUGGUAACAAUCAGAGAAAGUAUUUGGAGAAAAGCUCAAAGAUACUUUAUGUCCCCCAUAUUUUACCAAAACCCAGUGAUAUGGUGAAUACCAUACCAUGCAGAUAUAUACAUAUCUCUAGUCUUUUAUACUGUAAUAAAGACAUAUAUAAUCAGAAAUCUAAUAAUAGAUCAGAGAACAGUGAUUUAGAGGAAAAACAUAAUUUGGAAAGUGAUUGGGCCGCAUUGAGUAAUGAUGAAAUUAAGAAAUAUAAAUAUUGGGAAACCCCUCUUGAUUACGAUGAAGUCAACACUGCAGACAAUGAUAAGUCUACCAAGUCCUUGGUGGAUUUCCAAACUGAAAAACUAAAAAAAUUUACUUAUGAGAAAGGUGUUGCAGCUACUACUGCUGCUACUGACAAUAAUGACAAUGAUGUUAAAAGUGAUACAAAAAUUGAAGCACUUACUCACACUGAUCAGUCUGGAAGUUUAAACAUGGUUGAUAUUGGAAGUAAAGGUGACUCCUCAAGGACUGCUGUCGCUGUUGGUACGAUUUUCCUUGGUCAAGAAGCUUUCAAUCUUGUGAAAGAAAACAAAAUGAAAAAAGGAGAUGUAUUAACAGUGGCAAAACUUGCAGGUAUAACUGGUGCUAAAAGAACAAGUGAGCUUAUCCCUCUGUGUCAUAAUAUUCCCAUAUCUAAGAUAGAUGUAGAUGUACAACUUGUUGAAGAGUCAUAUUCUGUGACAGUUUCCUGUCUUGCUAAGACUUAUGGGAAGACUGGAGUUGAGAUGGAGGCCAUUACCGGUGUUGCUAUAGCAACUGUUACAAUAUAUGACAUGUGUAAAGCUGUUACUAAGGACAUGGUGAUUGGAGAUAUCAAACUGACACACAAGUCUGGUGGUAAAUCUGGAGAUUACAAUAGCGCGAUAUAAAAAAAUGGGCAUUCCUACAUAAAAGUACAUGUAUAUCUAUUUAGUAUUAGAUAUGUUCUUUUGAUUUUAUUCUUUUUAUUAAUCAGUGUUAUUUGGUAUGUAGCAUUCUUUGGUAGAAAUAAUGGUAAACGCAAUACAGUAAGCCUCUGUAAACUGAUAGAAUUUGUUUAGAUAUCAUGAAAUGCAUUCCAUAAUCCAGUACACUGAUGAUAUUAUAUAAGAGUUCUACAUCUUUAAAAAAAAUAGGCAUUGACAUGGUUUGUCUGAUAUUUAUACUUGUUAUAAAGUAGUGAUUAUGAAAAUGUAUAAAAUUCCUGUAGUUAGACAUGUCAACUUAAUGAUUAUAUAAGCUAGAUAAACUAAAAUUUUCAGGUAAUCAUUGAUUUUCUAUUAUUGUAUUCAUUUUACAUAUGCUUUGGAUAACCUAUAA